GGCAAAAUUUGUAAAACACAGACUGGAAAGGAAACGGUGGUUAUGAAUCACUUACGUAGAUAAUAAAUAGUAUAAAUAAAACGAAAAAAAAGUUCUUUAUGAAUUCAAUUUGCGGUGUUCGUUCGCGAAUGAUCUUUUUCAGUCGGUUCCUUAUCGUUGAGAGGAUGUUACAGUCACUCGAUACGAGUACAAGUACCUAUACUUACCUAUAAUUUCUAAAAUAAUACGGAAAUUUUAAACUACGAGCUAAUUUUAAUGUGCUUUUUUACUCGUUCAAAUUCAUUAUUUUAGUUGCAAUAAGAAACUUCGAAAAGUUUUUGAAUUUUAAACAUUUUUCUCGUGAUUUCCGGUUCGAUAUUUUCUUCAAUAUGAAAACUCUCUUUCUGUUGUUCGUGUGUACAACCGUUAUUAUCAAUUUUGGAACCUGUACAGAUACAGGUAACAUUACCGAAGAGUGGGAAAAAUUCAAGAAGGAAUAUAACAAAACUUAUGCUAGUGCAGAUGAAGAAACAACACGUAAAAACAUAUUCGAUAAUAACGUUAAAAUGAUAACAGACCACAAUGAUAACUUUAAAAAAGGCAUUGUUACAUUUAAAAUGGGGAUGAACAAGUUUGGUGAUUUGACUCAUGAAGAAUUUAAAAAACGAUUCAGUGUUAGAGAAGUAAUUCAGAAGGAUGCAAAUGUUGAUACAGAGAAUGAUGUGCAUGUUUUUGGUGUUAAUGGUUCCAAACAAUGCGAUUGGACAUGGCUUAAAGCGGUGAAUAAUACUGUACACGAGUAAACCUGUAAAAGCGGUUGGGCAUAUAGUACGACCGAUGCUAUAGCUGCCAGAUACCAAGUUUAUUAUAACAAAACUUGCCUUCCUUUGUGUAUCAACUACCUCAUAAAAUGUUCGGACGGCAUGGGUAAUCACGGUUGCAAUGGUGGUCUGGCUCAAAAAGCGUGUGAAUUAGUAGAGGAAAAAAAAGCGAUGCCCGAUGGAAAAUGCUUCAAGAAUUGUUCGCUGAGUAAGAUGAAAAAUACUGUUCCUCUCAACAUUACAAAAUGUGUGACUCGUAAACAUAUGAGCGCAGAUAUUUCAGAGGAUCUUUGUACUAAUGGUCCUGUGUCUGCUUCCAUCAGUGCUGAGAAACCAAGCUUUCAGUUUGCUAAAGAAGGUAUUUAUUACGAAGGAGAUUGCGCCAAUACACCGAAUCAUGAAGUUUUAUUGGUUGGUUUUAAUGGAACUGACAAAAACAAUAGUUAUUGGAUAAUAAAAAAUUCGUUCGGCAAAUCUUGGGGUGAGAAUGGUUUCCUUAAAAUUUCCACCAAGGCUAAUAAAAGCGGAUGCAAAAUUAUCGGCAGCGUGUCAUACCCAGUAUUCCCGAAGAAGUAACAAUCACUCCAGGGAUAUUUUUUGUGUAAAUUAUGUUUCUGAAUUUUUGUUAUCAUUCUUUAUCAUUCUAGGUUUAUAAACGAGUUUUAUCUUCUUAUCAAUAAAAAUAUGUAUUUAAGUA